AGGUGUAGGCGCGCGUGUGUGUGUAUAUGCAUAUGGUCAGAUAGAGUUGCUUCCUGGAAUUUGAGUACUUCAUUUAUUUGACGGAGAGAGAGAAAGAGAGAGAGAGAGAGAGAGAGAGAGAGAGGACAUUUUCUGAAUGAAACUAUGACCUGUCAUGUGUCUGUAAUUCUGAUCAGAGAGUCUAAAUAAGGGUGAGAGACUUAGGUAGAUAGAAAGAUAGAGAGAGAGAAAGAGAGAGAGAGAGAGAGAGAGAGAGAGAGAGAGAAGAGAAGGUUGGUCGAGACCUGACAGGUGUUCUUGUUUUUCUUGUUUUUGCAUUUCUCUAUGAGGCGUAAACAGAAGAUGUGAGACUGACACAUAUCUGCUCGUAAGAUAUGUCUGGAAAUACUGCAUAUGGACGUGUAUAGGAUGCAUGGUACAGAAUGGAAUGUUCCCACCGUGAGGAUAAUGGAGCUAAGUUUGCUUCGCAAUGUUUUAAGAAAAGAACUUUUACAAGUACAACUUCUAUGAAGAAAAAGUCUUUAAAUAUGAAUCCCCCACCGGUUGUUCCCAGGAAACAUUCUUUACUCAGACCUUUACCUCCAGACGGCCAGCCCAUUUACACACAAGUGAAGCCGAAGGGACGAGUUAGACAUCCAGAACAUGACGUGGAGCUGUUAAACCACUGCAUUUCUGACGUGGAGCGCUUUAUGGCCCACCUGCAGCAGGCAGCUGAUGCUCAACUCAUUUUGCAGCAGGAAAUGAAAAAGAAAAAGAGCAGCAAGAAGAAGAAGCAGGGCUAUGAUGUCAUGAUGACAGAAGUUAUCCCUCUAUCUGAACAUGAGUUUGUGGACAUUUUCCAGAAGAUUAAAUACUCAUUCAGUUUGCUGGAUUGUUUGAAAACAGACAUAGCAGAUCCAAACUCAGAGGAACUUCUGCAUCACCUGUUCGUUCCUCUGGCUCUGAUGGUCAAAACUACAGGUGGUCCUGACUUGGCAGCCGGCGUGUCCAGUCCUGCACUGACCAAUGGAGCCAUUUCUUUACUGCAGCAAAAUCUCACGCAGGGGGAACGAGAAUUGUGGGGCUCUCUCGGGCCUAACUGGACCCAGGCAAACUCCCAGCAUGAUAAAUCAGCAUCCCCGUAUACUCCAGUGUUUCUGGACGGUUGGAAGCCUGAUGCCUUUGAUGGAAACAGUCGGGCUUUUGAAGAUCCGGUUGAAUCACAGAACAAAAAAGAAGCCCUGCUGCAACGUCAACAGUCAGAAUUUAGCCCACCCUCGUCCCCUCCCCAGCUCACAGAUGAGAGUAUGGAAAUUCCACUUCCUGACCAGAUGUACCGCUGCAGUUAUGACUUUGUGGCUCGGAACAGCAGUGAGCUUUCAGUGCUGCAUGGAGAAACUCUUCAGGUGUUGGAUUCGUCUAAGCGGUGGUGGAAAUGUAGGAACAGUUAUGACCAGAUCGGCUUUGUUCCGUCUAAUAUCCUGGAGCCUGUCAACGAGACAGACCAAGACUACAGUGUAGUAAUGCGCAAGCCUUCAAUGAAUGUUCCUUUGUCUCCCAUGGGAGUUGGACGCUUUUCAUAUAUGGCACCCAAUCCUUCAGGAGGAUCUCCGUCAGGGGGAGACCAUGUUCACACUGAGACCCACCCUGUCAACAUGCCACCAGGCGAGAAAGUCAUGCUCAUGAAUAAUGAGCUUGCACAGCGGCUGGCUAAUGGGAGACCGGGAUCGGUGAGGCCCCUGGUUAUUAACAAGGCCAGUGACACUACGGUACCUCUCAACUACCACUCGCCUCCGGCUGAGGUACAGGACUGGCUCAGAGGCAAAGGCUUCAGUGAUGAGACAGUGAACAGUUUGGGGGUUCUUGACGGAGCUCAGCUGUUCUCUCUGAGUAAAGAGGAGCUCUGCAAGGUUUCUCCUCUAGAGGGGGCCAGAGUUUACAGCCAGAUCAUGGUGCAAAAAGCCCAGCUGGAGACUGAAAGAAAAGCUACUGAGCUGGAAGCGGUGAUGAGAAAACAAAAGAUGAAAGUGGAUCCCAGCACAGAGGGGGGAGAAUUUUAAUUCAAUACACACACACACACACACACACACACACAGAGGCCUGGAUUUUACUUAUACAUCAAGAUGUAUUUGCAUAUAUCUGUGUCACAACACUGGGUAAGGGUUGCAUGAAGAGAAGCUUUUUAGAUGUCUUGUUGUGUACCUCGAAACCUUUCUCAUGUGGGGUU